AUGAUUAAACCUGCUGUGAUCUGGACUGCUUCCAGGGCUGCAGUGCUCUCUGUAUCUGCUGCAUCUUCAUUUUUCAUUCCACACCAUGACUUCUCUAGUGAUCUCCUGCAGUGCAGUAGCCCCAUUUCCUUUCUUGUCCGAUGGGAUGCCAUUUAUUUCCAUAAUAUUGCCAAGUACGGGUACACUUCUGAUAAUAUGACUGCCUUCUUUCCUUUGUAUCCUAUGCUAAUCCGUGCUUUAUCUUAUCUCUGGAUACCCACUGUAUUCGCAGGUGUCCUUCUCUCUAAUUUCGCAUUUCUUCUUUCUUCUUUGAUUCUUUACAGGAUCACUGAAAAACACUUCAGUCAGUCACAUGCCACCAGAGCAUGCAUUCUCUUCUGCUUCAGUCCUUGCUCAAUUAUCUACUCCUCAUUGUACACUGAGUCAUUAUUCUGCCUCUUCACUAUGCUCUCCCUUGAGAGUCUGCUGCAUACCCGGGGUGCAUCUUUUUUGUGGCUCUCAUUGGCAUCUUACGUUCGCUCAAAUGGCUUCAUCCUGGCACCCAUCGCAUUCAUGGAGGGGCUGGCUAUGGGCUCUUAUGGUUUGGGUAUUUUUAUGGCACUUCUUCCUGUUCUUUCAUUUUUUAGUGUGCAGCUGUUUUGGCUUCUCACUAGAUUCCCAUACAUUAAGACACUUCCGUACUCUUACGUACAGGCUGUCUAUUGGGAGCAAGGAUUCAUGGAAUUCUACAAGCAUGGGAAGAAUAUCCCAAAUAUCAUAGUGGGUUUGCCCUUUGUGCUUCUCUCUUGUCUUGUCUCAUGGAAUUAUUUCAUGCAGGAAAGAAGGCUUCUUCAACUUGCACUCACAGAAGGAAAAGAAAAAGUCAUCUCCAGUAGACUAAAUAUAUUGAUGAACAGAGAGAGACAGAAGAAGGAAACUGUUAAGGUUAAAAGGGCUUCUGUAAUGAACGUAUUCUUCUUUGCUAGGUUAUUCCUUCAUUUUGUUCUUCUAUUCCAAAUAAUUCUUUCAAUCUUCUUUAUUCACAUGAAUAUGCACUUUCGCUUUGUUUCUUAUAAUCCUGUGAUAUACUGGGAACUAUCUGAGAUAUUUGUGAAAAAAGGGUUCUGGAGGGUUUUACUAUUCGGGUAUGUGUGUUUUGGUCUUUCAUAUGGUGUAUUAUAUGGUGCUUAUUUUCCUCCUGCUUAA